AUGACCAGGUCCUCUAAGGGCAUACCAAUUGACCUAGACCUUGAAAUAGAAAGGACCCUUAGGAAGCAAAGGAAGGCUAGAGAGUUAGAGCUUCGGAUACUUGAUAAUCCUCCUGCCUCUUCUGCCACUGCAUCUGAUAUUCCUUCUGUUUCUAUACCUACCCCUGACUUAAACACAAUGGCGGGUAAUGGGAAUGAACACAAUCGGAAUGGAAAUAAUGGAAAUAAUGUAAAUCAUGGUCAUUUGGAUGGUAGAACCAUUAGAGAAUUGGCUGCCCCUGAUGUGCACUACCAGUCUUUAUGCAUUCAAUAUCCCCAAUUGGAUGCAACCUUUGAAUUGAAAUCUGGGCUAAUCCAUUUGCUUCCCAAGUUUCAUGGCCUUGCAGGUGAAGAUCCGCACAAGCACCUCAAGGAAUUCCAUGUUGUCUGCUCCACAAUGAGGCCACAAGGAGUUGAUGAGGAGCAGAUAAAACUUAGGGCCUUCCCAUUCUCAUUGGAUGGAGCUGCAAAGGAUUGGUUAUACUACCUACCACCUGCUGCCAUCACAAGUUGGGAUGGGCUAAAAAGGAUCUUUUUGGAGAAGUUCUUUCCAGCAUCCCGAACAGCCGCCAUUCGAAAAGAAAUUUGUGGCAUAAGGCAGAAUCAUGGGGAGACAUUACAUGAGUAUUGGGAGCGAUUCAAGAAACUCUGUUCUAGUUGUCCACACCAUCAAAUCAGUGACCAGCUGCUGGUCCAAUACUUUUAUGAAGGUCUUAUUCCAAUGGAUAGGUAUUUGGUGGAUGCAGCUAGUGGAGGAGCCCUCUCUGAAAAGACACCAACAGCUGCUCAGGAGCUAAUCUCCAAGAUGGCACAGAAUGCCCAACAGUUUGGUACCAGGUCAGCCACUCCCAUGAGACAAGCCAAUGAGAUUGGUGUUGCUGCCAUCAGUGACCAACAGAGGAUAGAGAACAAACUGGAGGAAUUGGCCUCCAUGGUCAGACAGCUAGCCCUUGAUAAAGGACAGUCCAAAUCUCAGCAGGUAUGUGGUAUUUGCUCAUUAUCCUCCCAUGGUACUGACCAAUGUCCUCAACUGCAGGAGAAUAUAGAAGCUUGUGCUGGCAUUUUUCCAGGAAGACCCUUCCAGCCACAGCAUCAGCAGCCACAGCAACAAAGAUAUGAUCCAUAUGCUGCCACCUAUAAUCCAGGGUGGAGAGAUCAUCCGAACUUGAGGUAUGGAGGUCCUUCCAACCAGCCAUUCCAGCCACAGCAACAGCAACAGCAACCUCAGCAGCACAGAUUCAAUGCACAAAGACCAAGUCAAUCAAUGCAGCAACCCCAACCAGCUCCUAAAUCCGAAUCAAGCUUGGAAGAUAUCAUGAAGCAGCUCAUUGCCAACAAUCUCCAGUUUCAGCAAAGGACCGACACUGCCAUACAAAAUUUGGAGACACAGAUUGGACAGCUGGCAACCAACAUCAGUGAGCUACGGAGUCAAGGUUCGGGUCAGUUGCCUUCACAGCCAGUUUCAAAUCCAAGGGGCAAUGUAAGUGCUAUCGUUCUCCGCAGUGGCAAGGAGUUAAGCAGCCCACCCUCUCCACAACCAGAAUUUGGGCAGCAACAAGAAAGCCAAAAGGAAGAUCAUCCUCCUCCCAUUCAAAAGGACAAGCAGCCCACCACCAUUGAUUAAGAUAGAGGAGAGACUUCUCACAACCAUCCAUUGCCAUUUCCUCACCGAGCCACUCAAAAUAAAAAGAGGGCAGAAGCUGAGUUGGACAAGGAGAUCAUGGAAACUUUCAAAAAAGUUGAGGUGAACAUACCACUCUUGGAGGCCAUCAGACAGAUUCCCAAGUAUUCCAAGUUUCUCAAAGACUUUUGCACCCACAAAAGGAAACUGAAAGGAAAUGAAAAAAUCAACUUGGGGAGAAAUGUGUCAGCAUUGAUUCAACCUGCCAUGCCUCAGAAAUGCAAAGAUCCAGGGACUUUCACCAUUCCUUGCACUAUUGGAAAUUUGCAAUUUCAUAAUGCUAUGUUGGAUUUAGGAGCCUCUAUUAAUGUGAUGCCUAAAUCUGUGUAUUCUUCUUUGCAGGCAGGCGCAGGCACAUUGACAUCUACAGGAGUGGUGGUCCAGUUGGCAAAUAGGAGCACAGCAUACCCUGAGGGAGUAUUAGAGGAUGUAUUAGUAAAGGUAAAGGAUUUCAUAUUCCCUGCUGACUUCUAUGUUUUGAAUAUGGAAGAUGAUCGUACACCCGGAGAUGCACCACUUAUUCUAGGUAGACCCUUCUUGAAAACUGCAAGGACAAUAAUUAAUGUGCAUGAGGGUACUUUAUCUAUGGAGUUCGCUGGUAACACCAUUCAAUUCAAUAUCAUUGAUGCCAUGAAGUAUCCCUUAGAAGAUCAUUCUGCCUUGCAUGUUAACUUUAUUGACUUAAUGGUGGAGAAAGCAUGUGUUGAGUUGUAUAAUCUUGAGUCUGAAUUCCCCACCAUCCAUGAUUUUCCUGAUGAUAUGCAUUGCCCUCAAUGUCAUGACGGACUCAGUAAGUGUAAUGCUUGUUCUGAAAUAGAUGAGUUUUUGAGUAUUGUUGAUAGUGCGCCUUCUCAUACUAUAUCCGAUUCUCAUGUGCCUCCCAUAGAGGAAGUUUCUGUUGCUGAGAAUGUAGUGCAGGUAGGUGGAAACAUAAACAGAUUGGUGCCUUCAAUUCAACAGCCACCCACCUUGGAGUGUAAGCCCCUGCCCGAGAAUCUGAAGUACGCCUACUUGGCAGAUGGAGACAAGCUACCCGUGAUCAUCGCCGACAACCUUCAGCCUGACCAAGAGGAGAAGUUGCUGAAUCUGUUGAAGCAACAUAAGAGAGCCAUAGGUUGGUCACUUGCAGACAUUCCCGGUAUAUCCCCUUCCUUAUGCAUGCACAAGAUUCAUUUAGAGGAAGGAGCUCGACCAGUGAGGCAGCCCCAAAGGAGACUCAAUCCCACCAUUCUAGAUGUGGUCAAGAAAGAGGUAAGUAAACUACUUUCGGCUGGCAUUAUUUAUCCUAUCUCUGACAGCAAGUGGGUGAGUCCAGUGCAGGUAGUUCCGAAGAAGACAGGAUUCACAGUGGUAGCCAAUGAGAGGAAUGAGCUAGUGCCCAUGCGAGUGCAGAACAGCUGGAGAGUCUGCAUUGACUAUAGGAGGCUCAACCAAGCUACCAGGAAGGAUCAUUUCCCACUCCCAUUCAUUGAUCAGAUGCUAGAGAGGUUAGCUGGAAAGUCCCAUUACUGCUUCCUUGAUGGUUUUUCUGGUUAUUUUCAGAUUUGCAUAGCACCGAAGGAUCAGGAGAAGACCACCUUCACCUGCCCCUUUGGCACUUUUGCAUACCGGAGGAUGCCAUUUGGUUUAUGUAAUGCCCCAGGUACGUUCCAGCGAUGCAUGGUGAGUAUAUUUUCAGAGUUACUUGAGCAUUGCAUGGAAGUUUUCAUGGAUGAUUUUUCUGUUUAUGGGACCUCCUUUGAUGAGUGUCUGAUCAGUUUGGGUAGAGUCCUAGAGAGAUGUGUUGAGAAGAAUCUUGUCCUAAAUUUUGAAAAAUGUCAUUUCAUGGUUGAGCAGGGGAUUGUUUUGGGUCAUGUUGUGUCCAAGAGGGGUAUAGAGGUUGAUAAGUCCAAGGUCGAUAUCAUUUCUUCUUUGCCUUACCCCGCGUCUGUGCGGGAGGUACGAUCUUUCCUUGGACAUGCAGGAUUCUAUAGGAGAUUCAUCCAAGACUUCAGCAAGAUUGCCCUUCCAAUGUCCAACCUGCUUCAGAAGGAUGUGGAAUUCAAAUUUGAUGAGUCUUGCAAGAUGGCCUUUGAGGAGCUCAAGAGGCGCUUGACUUCUCCACCCAUCAUCCAGCCACCCAACUGGGACUUGCCAUUCGAGCUC